AGGCUCGGUAGAUCAGAAGUUGGAUUAUCCUCCAGACUCGAACACGACAUAAAUCACGAUCAUUACAGCGUGCUGUGUUGCAUUCGUUGGCCCCGGGAAGGUUUAUAAUUACCACGCGGUCCUGGUGUUCGGGACCGAUUUAAGCUACCGGGUUAAAUCGCCCCACUGAUUUGGUUCCCAGUCUAAUACGUGAAUGCGCGAGGUUGUCCGCCAUCAACCAGUAAACUCAGCUGAGCCGUUCAUUCCCGUGAUGGUUCGAUUUACGAGGCACACCUGAAGGCAGCAGCAGCCCGAGGAGAGUGGGCGGUCCUCAACGGAACGGCGCGGUGAGUCCACCGCGUCGCCGGUGCGGUAGUGGGACGGCGGGGUGGUCAAAGCCUCAGAGACCAAGCCUACCUUAUCCAGCGUUGUCAUGGGGGAAGUGGUCCAGAUGCACUUCACCACGGUGGACUAUGUGAUCUUCGCUGUGCUGCUGGUGGCCUCGGCUGGCAUCGGCCUCUUCUACGCCUUCUCUGGUGGCCGUCAGCGUACCACACAGGAGUUUCUGAUGGCCGACCGCUCCAUGAGCUGCCUGCCCGUGUCCCUGUCCCUGCUGGCUACGUUUCAGUCUGCCGUGGCCAUCCUGGGCGCGCCGUCGGAGGUUUACACAUUUGGGACGCAGUACUGGUUUCUGGGCUGCUCCUAUUUCUUGGGUCUACUUAUUCCAGCUCAUGUGUUCAUACCAGUCUUCUACCGCCUGCGCCUGUCCAGUGCCUACGAGUACCUGGAACUACGUUUCAACAAGACGGUUCGGAUCUGCGGGACCAUCACCUUCAUCUUUCAGAUGGUCAUCUAUAUGGGCGUGGUUCUCUAUGCUCCAGCUCUGGCGCUAAAUGCAGUGACUGGGAUUGACCUGUGGGGGGCAGUGCUGACCAUGGGGUUGGUGUGCACGCUGUACACGGCUCUGGGUGGGCUGAAGGCCGUGAUCUGGACCGAUGUGUUCCAGACUGUGGUGAUGUUCGCGGGCCAGCUCGCUGUCAUUAUUGUAGGGGCCAGUCAGGCCGGAGGUCUAGCCGAGGUCUGGAGGAAAGCAGUCAACGGCAGUCGGAUCGCUGGAUUAGACCUGAACCCGGACCCUCUACAGCGCCACACUUUCUGGACUUUGGGUGUUGGGGGAGUCUUCCUCAUGUUGGCCUUGUAUGGGGUCAAUCAGGCUCAGGUUCAGAGGUACCUGAGCUCCCGAACAGAGAAAGAGGCCGUCAUGUCCUGCUACGUAGUCUUCCCAUGCCAGCAGAUUGUUCUGUGUUUGGGUUGUCUCAUGGGGCUGGUCAUGUUUGCUCGUUACGGAGAGGACAGCCCUUUGGACAAAGGCUACGUGAAAACCAAUGACCAGAUGGUGCUGUACUUUGUGAUGGAUGUGUUCAGGAAUCUGCCCGGGCUCCCAGGACUGUUUGUAGCCUGUCUUUUCAGCGGCGCGCUCAGCACCAUCUCAUCGGCCUUCAACUCCUUAGCAACAGUAACUAUGGAAGACCUGAUCAAACCUCACUUUCCAAACAUGACUGAAACCAAGGCCACAUUUCUGUCCAAAGGACUCGCCCUGGUGUAUGGUCUGGUGUGUUUGGCCAUGGCCUACAUCGCCUCCAUCAUGGGAUCUGUGCUGCAGGCAGCCUUCAGUAUUUUUGGGAUGAUGGGCGGUCCCCUCCUGGGACUCUUCUGUCUGGGAAUGUUCUUCCCGUGGGCUAACUCUGUUGGUGCAGUGGUUGGGCUAGCAGCUGGUCUCACCAUGGCUUUCUGGGUUGGGAUUGGGAGCUUUGUGAUGCGCAUGUCAGUCAUCUCACCGGGAUUACCUUUAAACACCACCGCUCCUCCUCUGCUGGACAGCACUACAACCAGCGCUCUGACAUCACUGGUCAGCACCAGCACCCCGAAGCCGAGGCCAACAGGUGUGGAGGCGCUCUACUCCCUGUCCUACAUGUGGUACAGCGCGCAUAACUCCACCACAGUGGUGGUGGUGGGGCUGCUGGUCAGCCUGCUAACAGGACCCAUGAAGGAGAAGGACCUGACUCCCGGUACAGUUUUCCCGGUCCUGGGAACGUUGCUGUUCUUCCUGCCAGAACGCUACAGGGAUAAGCUGUGCUGCGUUACUCCACUGACUCCGAAGCACAAAGACGCCAGUACUCAGCCCUAUCAAAUGGCCAAGAAGCUCAGCAUUGUAGCCGCUUCCUGCAAAGAGGACGCAGUCUUACAGGACGGCCAGACGGAGAAUGAGGACUUGGACCCAAGAGACGAUCAGCCAGAGAGUCUUACCAUUCAGGAGACAGCCUUGUGAUGUCUUCUUCGUUUGCUUUAAACCACACAAGACUCCCAGUUCGACCCAGCUGCUGUGCGGCCGAGCAGCAUCGGGUGACGGUGCUGCUGGUCUGGACCGCAGCGGUCUGACAGACGCAUCAAGGUCACCAUCAACACUAUCCUCUUACCUCAAGGCAGAAACAUCCGGCACACGCGACACUUUUUACUUUGGUAGCAAAGUUGGAACCAAAACAAAAUCCGAGACAAAAGCUGGUUUUAGGAAGGCGCUGAAGAUGUGCUGAGGACCUUUAGCUGCUGCUGGUCUGGGGUCAGAUGGAUGCAUCACGUCCUGCUUAUAAACCACUCUGUCCCUUUAACAGCACAGCACCAGGAGCCUCAGUCACAGCGGACUGGUCCUUAGACGUUUAAGGUGGCACCACACCACUCCGCUCAAGUUUCAUACACUGGAUCAUGCGGCUAACCUCACAGUCCCAGGUGGCCUUAGUCGUUUAAUUUCAACAGUCCCGGACACAUUUACUAUUCCCACCGAUCAAAGGAGACGGUAAACACGAUGUGCGGUAUGAAUGAGUGGUAUAUUUAAAACUGACGUUGGGUUAGACGCCUGUUAAAUCUAACAGGGCGGUGGCACCUUUAGGAAAGAUGAUGUGGUUUUCUGGCAACUUUCACAGAUGUUAGUGUAAAUCACACAAAAGCUGAUAUGUGUUUCAUUAUUUAGUAUUUCAUCAACACCAGGGAGGGUUUAGCUCAGUCCUCCACUCAUCCUCACAGAUUCGUCUGAAUUCUGACACGUCAGAGGGGUUUCCAGCAGGAACGGCCUGGCGAAGGUCAAAGGUCAGAGUAAAUCGUGGUGAAAGCAGGUGGACCAGGUCCUGCAGCAGCAGAGCCGCCCCAAACCAUCACACUACCACCACCGUGUUUUACUGUUAGUUUGACUCCAGAUGGAACACCUUCCCCAUACUUCUGCUUAGCCCAAGCCCUUGUCUCUGUGAGACGUGCUGAGGUCAGAGUCAUAACCUCUGACCUUAGCACUGACCAGAUGGGACCUGCAGGACAUUAGAUGUUGUUCUGGGUUCUUUAGGUUGAGCAUUUCUUCAGGACGCUGCCUUUAGAGAUCCUUUAGCUGUGCGGUGCGACAGGUUCUGUUCAGGUGAUUUAUUGGUUCUACAGAUCUGGGGCCUCAUUUAUAAAACUUGGUACUAAAACUAUUUCAGCCCUUCAGAACGUCUACAUCCAUAAACUCGUCUUCAGACCUACAACCUCCGCUCCGCGCAACUCCUGCCUUAUAAAUCCCACCUAUCCUAGCCAAUAUGUGCUAAAGUGACAAGUCCCUGUGUUAACAAGUCCCCGUGUUAACAGGUCCCCGUGUUAACAAGUCCCCGUGUUAACAGGUCAACACUGGGACUUUUCUGAAUCACCAGAACUCAGAGACAAGGUCUAACCCUGUCCUCACACACCAUCGAGUCCUCUGUGCGCCGCACAGACCCCGGCUGCCUCGGACUAGCGCUGCCGGCCUGUCAGCUAGCUACUUGUAGCUUGUACCAACGCUCUGAAUGUGCUGACACACUACGGCCUUUCCCUGGAGUCACAUGAUUCCUCCUCUUACGAUCUUGGUGAUAUUAUUCACCAGGAACGCUGUUGGUCAAUAGUAAAGUGGCUAGCCAACAUGCUAGUGCAGGAGUCUCCUUCCAGAUGUUUCCUGCUUGUUUUAGAACAUGAACACAGCUGAUUGGUUGGAUGUAGUGAUGAACCACUUCUGUAGACACAAAUGAAGGCUGAUGAGACACUGAGGUGUUAAAAAUACAAAAUCACAGCAAGGAGAGUUUCAGUCUUACAACAGUGAGUUCAUCAGGUCCACUGGGUGCUGCAGCCAGGUCCAUAAAUACUGGGACAUGGACACAAUGCUAACGUUUUUGGCUCUAUACACCACAAUGGAUAUCAGAUGAAACGAGCAAGAUGAGCUUUAACUGCAGACUGUCAGCUUUUAUUUGAGGGUUUUUACAUCCAAAUCAGGUGAACGUGUAGGAAUUACAACAGUUUCAUAUGUGCCUCCCACUUGUUAAGGGACCAAGAGUAACGGGACAGAAUCAGAACCGUAAAUCAAACUUUUACGUUUCAAUACUUGGUUGCAAAUCCUUUGCAGUCAUUUACAGCCUGAAGUCUGGAACACGUAGACAUCACCAGACGUUGGGUUUCAUCCCUGGUGAUGCUCUGCCAGUCCUCUGCUGUCUUCAGGUCCUGCUUGUUCCUGGGGCGGUUUCCCUUCAGUUUUGUCUUCAGCAAGAGAAAUGCACGCUCAGUGGGAUUCAGGUCAGGUGAUCGACUUGUUCAUUGCUAAACAGUCCACUUCUUUCCCUUCAGAAACUCUUUGGUUGCUUUUGCAGUAUGCUUCGGGUCAUUGUCCAUCUGCUCUGUGAAGCGCCGUCCAACGAGUUCUGAGGCAUUUGGCUGAAUAUGAGCAGAUAAUGUUGCCCAAAACGCUUCAGAAUUCAUCGUGCUGCUUUUGCCAGCGGUCACAUCAUCAAUAAAUACAAGAGAACCAGUUCCACUGGCAGCCAUACAUGCCCACGCCAUGACACUGCCAGCACCAUGCUUCACUGAUGAGGUGGUGUGCUUAGGAUCCGUCUCCAUACUCUUCUUCCCAUCACUCUGGUACAAGUGGAUCUUGGUCUCAUCGGUCCGUAGGAUGUUGUUCCAGAACUGUGAAGGCUUUUUUAGAUGUUUGGCAAACUCUAAUCUGGCCUUCCUGUUUUUGGGGCUCACCAGUGGUUUACAUCUUGUGGUGAACCCUCUGUAUUCACACUGGUGGAGUCUUCUCUUGAUAGUUGACUUUGACACAGAUACACCUACCUCCUGGAGAGUGUUCUCGAUCUGGCCAACUGUUGUGAAGGUGUUUUCUUCACCAGGGAAAGGAUUCUUCCGUCAUCCACCACAGAUGUUUUCCGUGGUCUUCCGGGUCUUUUGGUGUUGCUGAGCUCACCGGUGCGUUCCUUCUUGUUGAGAAUGUUCCAAACUGUUGUUUAGGCCACGCCUACUGUUUUUGCUGCCUCUCUGAUAGGUUUAUUUUGUUUUUUCAGCCUAAUGAUGGCUUGCUUCACUGAUAGUGGCAGCUCUUUGGAUCUCAUCUUGACAGUUGACAGCAACAGAUCACAAAUGCAAGUAGCACACUUGAAAUGAUCUCUGGACCUUUUAUCUGCUCAUUGUAAUUGGGAUGAUGAGGGAAUAACACACACCUGGCCAUGGAACAGCUGAGAUUGUCCCAUUACUUUUGGUCCCUUAACAAGUGGGAGGCACAAAUGCAACUGUUGUAAUUCCUACACCGUUCACCUGAUUUGGAUGUAAACACCCUCAAAUAAAAGCUGACAGUCUGCAGUUCAAGCACAUCUUGUUCCUUUAAUUGGACAUCCAUUGUGGUGUAUAGAGCCAGAAACGUUAGCAUUGUGUCCAUGUCCCAGUAUUUAUGGAGCUGACUGUAAAAGCAAGACAAAACUGCCGAGUGUGCCUUUAAGGGACAGCGUCAUGAGUCAGAGAUGCUCUGCAUAAGAUUACAGCGUUCUCCACCUGUAGUCGCACUACAAGACUACAAUAAAACACUACUGACUUUAACAAGGACACCAACUCAUUCAUAUUUGUCAACUACCUUGAACCCGUAGGUGCUAAAAUGACCCCAAGAAGGGUGAACGCAAUGUCUCCCUCUGCACCCUCCAGUCACUGCGGGGCAAAAUCGUUGACCUGAAGUCUCACAAAGUCACGUAUCUUGCGAGAAGCAGUAACGCUUUGUGGCAAUCUGUGAUGAGUCAGCCGAUAAGCCGGUCAUCAUCAUGGACCAGGAAAUGUUUUUAAUCUCUAAAAACACUCCAGGUCCUGCCAUUGGUGUACCAGAACAUCCAUGGUGGCUAUGCCUGCUCAGUGAUCCCUCUGAGAAUACACCCCAUCACUAUUAUACUCCUAAAUGCAACAUGUUUUCAUUCAGGUUCUCAUUUUCAGACUUGGUUCAGAUGGAGUGGAGGCUGACUGGUGUGUGUGUGUGUGUGUGUGUGUGUGUCGGACUUGAAGUCUAAAUGUGGCCUACAUUCACCAUCUCACCAGCUUAGCUGCAGGCAGGUUCCCGUCUCUAAGGUGUGCUUAGGCCAGGCUCAGAGCCACAUUUCCCAUCAGGGUUUUAAAUGAAUGAAAAGGUUUGUGUGGAAAGUUCCUUGCGGAGCUGACGGAGAAGCAUGAACCAGGCCUAACGCCGCCCCUGCCCGUGUGCAAUUGUCAGACCUGGUUUUGUAUGAAUCGAGUUUUCUAAUUGAGGCCCUGGGUCUAGUAGUGGUUCUGGUGGAGAUAGCCUACAGAGUGCUCUGGUUAGUUAGAUCCAUCGCAGAUGCCGAGCUGGAAUGUUCCUCAUAAAAAACAAAAACCUGCUGAGAGGUCUCCUGCAGCAGGACGCCAGACUGCAGGCUCCUGAGCUGCUGAGAACAUCUGAUUUCUGUGGAAACCCUCUUCUGUCUGUGGCUGUUUGGUCGUUAGCUGGCUGGAUGCUGUUGUCGGGAAGUCCUCGCUGUUAACAGGAAGUUGCUGAUGGGUGCAUCUGCGGUCCACCUGUGAGGUGGUGUCUCUGCUUUGCUGUAAGUGACCGCGUGUCUGUUCGGGAUGUACGUUUUCACUCGUUACAUUCAUGAAGAAGCAGUAACGAGAGAGCGGGAUGACAGCUGGAAUGUCCGUCAGACUCAACUUGUUGCCCGUCUGGCACCAAAUACGCAGCGCCGCCGGCGUUUGUGUGCUGAUGAGCGCCCUCUGGAGGCCACGGUUAAAACACACUUUAGCUGCAUUACAUUUAACUGACAUUUCGUUAAAUUAGGAGUCAGACGCCAGCAGGAGCGUCAGGACCGACUGACCUGUUGCUGGUCUCGGUUCGGUUUGCUGCACCAUGUUCUGCCAGGCUCGGCGCAUGGAGGCUGAUUGCGUUCCCAGCGCUUUGCUAACCGCUUCACGUUUGACCGCGUUUAUUUGGUCACGUGACGCGCUAAUUUCUUCUGCAAUCGCCCGUGAAACAUGUUGAUAGCGGCACUCUUGCGCACUCUAGUGGCACAAAAUGUAUUACACAAACGCAGCAGAAGUACACUGCUCACAGAAACUAAAGGAACACCUUAAAGAAACACAUCAGAUCUCAGUAUGAAGUUGGAUAUCUAUACAAAUAACGGCAGGGCAAUGUCUUAGGAACAAAAGGAUGCCGAGUCUUUUACUGGAAAUAAAAGUUAUCAGCCUACAGAGGGCUCAGUUGUGUAGACACCCUAAAAUCGGAGCGAAAUGAAGACGUGGCAGGCUAGUCCGUUAUUUCAAAAACUUUAUUUCUGCAACUCUAAUUGCUUUUCAGCAUCUUGUGUGGCCCCACGAGCGUGUGUGCAUGCUUGGCAACGUCGGGGCUCCUAAUGAGACAACGGAUGGUGUCUUGUGGCAUUUCCUCCCAGAUCUGUGUGAGGGCGUCCCUGAGCUCUUGUACAGUCUGAGGAGCAACCUGGCGCCGCCUAAUGGACCGGAACAUAACGUCCCACAGAUGUUCUAUUGGGUUUAAGUCAGGGCAUCGUGAAGGCCAUUCAACUGUUUCAGUUCCUUCAUCCUGCAGGUACUGCCUGCAUACUCUUGCCACACGAGGCCGGGCAUCGUUGUGCAUCAGGAGAAAACCAGGACCUACUGCAUCAGCGUAGGGUCUGACAAAGGGUUCAUCUCCAUACCUUAUGGCAGUCAGAGCACCAUUUAGGCAGUAGAGGUCUGUGCGUCCCUCCAUGGAUACGCCUCCCCAGACCAUCACUGACCCACCACCAAACCUGUCAUUGCAGGCAGACGUUGCAGGCAGCAUAACGAUCUCCUCGUCUUCUCCAGACUCUUUCACGUCUAUCACAGGUGCUCAGGGGGAACCUGCUCUCGUCUGUAAAAAGUACGGGGCGCCAGUGGCGGACUUCCCGGUUCUGGUGUUCUUGAGCAAAUGCCAGUCGAGCUCUACGGUGCUGGGCAGUGAGCACAGGGCCCACUACAGGACGUCGGGCCCUCAGGCCAUCUUCAUGAAGUCUGUUCCUGAUUGUUUGGGUGGAGAUGUUCACACCAGUGGCCCUCUGGAGGUCAUUCUGUAGGGCACGAGCAGAGCUCAGCCUGUUCCGCCUUGCACAAUGGAGCAGGUAUCGGUCCUGCUGAUGGGUUGUGGACCUUCUACGGCGCUGUCCAGCUCUCCCUCCCAGAAUAACCGCCAGUCUCCUGAAAUCUCCUCCAUGUUCUGGAGAUUGUGCUGGGAGACACAGUAAACCUUCUUGCUGCAGCACGUGUGGAUGUGCCAUCCUGGAGAAGUUGGACAACCUGUGCACCUUCUGUAGGGUUAAGGCAUCGCCUCAUACUGCCAGCAGGGGGCCAAAACCAGCACGAGUGGAAAACCAGCGAAAGAGAUCCAGAGGGAGAAACUUGACCUCUACAUGUUAAACCAGUCCUGUUGUGAGGGUUUUGUAAUUGUUGCCCCUUUAGUGCACCUGUCGUUACGUCCAUGAACACCAGUACAGCUGACAGUGAUUAACAAUGUCCUCAGCUGCUUAAUCAACCAGGAAAUUAUCAGACAGGUUUAACUGAUUUCACGCCAGGCCAAUAAAAAAGUGUUCCUUUCAUUCUUGUGAGCGGUGUGUUUGAAGCCGUUAACCGGACACAACCAUUUGACCCGGUUUCAGCUUUAACAACAGCCGGUGGACUACAUGCAUCACUGGCGUCUGCAUGAACUCAGGUGGUUGUCUGCGCUACGACGAUGACACGAGUCCCGUGUAAUCUGAAUAUUCUCAACAUGUCGUUCUUUGUUGACUUUUUGGAAUCAGAAUUCUUGAUCAUUUUAUAAUCUGAAGUCAUCUGUUUCAUGUCCGGUGUGACCCGUCCUGUCUCUCACGGCUGUCACAGUCAGCCCAGGCAUGAUGUCUCCAUCACGACGUUCUGUCCCCAUUACAGUUAAAAUCAUGUAAGACCUGCUGAUGCAGCCUCAGUCCAAAGUUUGUUUUGGUUCCAGCCACACCUUCAGAUGUUUAGAACAUUAAAUGGGACAAAUCAUUCUAAACUCACCCUGAGCAUCCGUUUGUGCUGCCGUGUGGGUCUCUACAGCCUCUAUAAACACCGCCAACGUGAAAACAGUUUCUCCGUUUCCUGUCGCUGGUUUCAGGAAUGGUGUACCCAAAAUGAGCCGUUUGUUAGCAUUAGCAUAGAACCACCACCUGUGUACGGUGGAGGAGCAGCAGAUCUAUUACGAGCCCCUCCCAGAUAUUGGAGCUCGUAACCUCAUAGCAAACAAUUAAUGGAAUAGUGGGCAUGCCAGCAACAGCUGGUUUUCUUAAAGUCCUAAAGUGGCUCAUUGUGGAAGGUCCUGAAACUUUCCACCACAGCGCUCCUCACAACCCAGACCCAUGAACACCAGCCGGAGAUGUUAGAUGUUAGAUAAACACUGUGGCUGCUGGUCUCCUUGAGCUCGCCUCCUGCUGCUGAUGAGAGCUCUUCUGGCUGAACCUAGCCCUGAUCGACACCUGAUCAGUUGUUCAAUAACACUCAGGCGGAUCCCUCCGACCCCGUGUUGGUGUGGUGUUUGGAGACUCGCUCCAGGUCCUGGGACUGGAUGGAGACGUUCCUACCAAAGAGCUCAUGCUAUGAAAGCAUCUUUCUGCCAUCAAUGCCAAAUACUGUGAUGUGUCCAAAUCUGACUUCCUGUGAUGUCGUUACGUGUAGAUCAUAUUUUUUAAUUGCAUGAACAUCAUGGACACAUGUGACAAACUGAAGGUGUUCUACCCGCCGAGCCAUUCAAAGUGGGUUUUGGGUUUCGUCCCUUUGAGAAAAGGUUCCAAAAGACUUUAAUGGUUCGGAGGUUUUGUCUCAACAUGUGAAUCCUCUGUUGGACCUGAAAUGACUUGAAGUGUGUGCCUGUAAAUGCUCUAGAUGUGAGGGACCGUUUUUGACCUUUGACCCUGAGCAAAUGAAGCACAAUAAGGUGAGUAUUUAUGAAGCAGAAACGUGGAUUCAAGACUCUCGUGGAGUUUAGUGGCCUUUUACAGUCGAGUCAUUUCUGCCUACGAUAAAUAUUGUCGCCAACAAUAUUUAUUGUUUCUCAUCCUUCCUCAAGAAUUCUUCCUGUUAUGCAUUCCAAAAAAGGAAAAGCAAUCCCACGAGCUCAGAAGUCCGGAUGACUCCUCUGCUUUGGCCGUGCCUUUGUGUCGUGCUUUCCCUAAACGUUCCCGCGUGGCUCCGACAUCCGUGCCAGCAGCCGGAGCAAACAGACGUCUGAUGGUUGAGGGAGUGAAAACCUGAGUGGACGUGUGAAUGUUGGAUCACUUGCUGAAUGACGGUACCGUCGCAGCAACAUGUUUUAUGUAAUGAUUGAAAUGUGCACUAAAACUUCCCGUCAUGUGUUUGAACCACCAAGUGAUUAAAGACGUAACUGAUGCAA